UGCUUUUCUUUUCUGUUUGUGUUCGCGCCAAUCAAUAAACGAAAUCUAUUUAAAAUUUAAUUUAAUUUGCUUGAUUACUUCACCAUGGAUUUCCCAAAUACAAGUGGAAUUAGAAGCCCAUUUUCACCUAGAGUCAGGCAAUCAAUUACAGGCCGACGAGCGGGCUUGACUUCUGCUAAAAAGAACCAAAGUAAGUUUAUGCAGUCCACUGAAGCCCCGACAGGAGAAGUGAUCUACAAGACUCCUUUAACUACAGUGGAGACUUAUGGACAUCCAUUGCCUGUGUUAGUGACAGAGGCCCUUACAUUUGCAAGCGGUGAAGUGACAGUAGGUCUGUCAGCCAACGGCUACUGCUGGCUUGUAUUCGGACGGAGGCUCCUGGUGUGGGCGCGGGACGGCGGCGCGGCGCGCGAGCUCACGCUGCCGCAGACCGACCUCCAGCACAAGGCGGAGCUGGUCGAGGUGUUCUACGAGGAUGGGGCGCAGAUGCCAUCGUGUAUCGGCGUGUCGCCCGAAGGCGUCGUCCGCUACUGGCCCUCGGUAGGCCAGGAGCUGUACGUGGACACCAGCUGCGAGCUGGCCGGGCAGGAGUGCAGCCGGCUGGUGGCGUCCGGCUCCGCGUCCGGUCUGCUGCUCGCCACCACGUCCUGCAGCCUGCUGCAGCUGCGGCCGGAGCCGGAGCGGCCGGGUGUCACAUGCAAGCAGCUCCGUCCACCGUCCGGAUGGCUGGGCGGCAUCGGCAGGCGCGUGUCCCUUCUGUUCUUCGGUUCCAUGCCCGCCAACGCUGAUACUAAACUCGUCGGCGUGGUGAUCCUGCACGACGGCCCCAUGUCGGCGGGCGUGGAAGAGCCCGGCUACGUCGCGCUGGUGGGGGGCGGGGGCGGCGCGGUGCUGCAGCUGUGGCGCGGCGCCGACUUGCACGAGCACAACCUGCGCAGGGCGCUCACCGACGCUCACAGGGCUCAAGGCGACGUGAACAGCCUGCAGGUGAUGUGCCUGGACGUGCGCGCCGGCGGGCCGCGCUGGCUCGCGCUGCUCAUCGCGUGCGUCAACGUGGCGCGCGCAGACACCAGGCACGCCAUCGCGCAUAUGUCCGUGGAGGACCCGGCCAACCCCCGAGUAACUUCCCUCAUACCUCUCCGGGGAUGCACUCUAUCACCAGACAUUGCUCCGCGCCUUCUACCGCUGCCCUCCGCCGCCGCCCUGUAUACCAGCACAUAUGUAGCUAUAGUCAGUGAGUACAUAGUAUAUCAGUGUACAAGACCCGGCCAACCCCCAAACCAGGCCAACCCCCGAGUAACUUCCCUCAUACCUCUCCGGGGAUGCACUCUAUCACCAGACAUUGCUCCGCGCCUUCUACCGCUGCCCUCCGCCGCCGCCCUGUAUACCAGCACAUAUGUAGCUAUAGUCAGCACAGUGGCGAACGACAAAGUGGAAUAUAUAGACGUGGCUUCAGAGGGAGACAGAAUCCUCGGUGCUACUCUGUGCAACGGGCAGCCAUUACUGUUUAGUAGGAAACAUGGCGUGCUGGCGCUCACUUCAGCUGAAACGGUUUCUACCAACGUAUCUGUGUGUGAGAGCCCCAUGGGUUCACCUUGCCCGUCGGACAUGUACGAUGGCAACCUGUCCCUCUACGAGAUCGAUCCGCACGAGGUGAGCAUGGUAACUACAGACGCGUGCGGCAAACUCAAAACAGCGUUCCUUUUCCAUCUGCGACGCGACACGGCCGCCUGCCGCGCCAUCGUCCACGACCUGUUCCCCGCCAAGCAGCGCUCCGACCCGGCGCUAGACAACACCGUCGUGCGCAUAGCCACGGAGCUGUGCGACGACAUACCGCAGGGGGACCCCAGAUGGAAGCAGCGCGCAGGCGGCCCCUCGACCAACAUCCCGCUGGGCAGCUCGUCGGCGCUACAGAUCACCGCGCAGCUCCGCGACAAGCAGCGCGCGUUCUCACUGUUCGCCGACUUCUUACGGGCGACGGGCUUGUGGCAGCGGCUCGGAUCUCUAGAAACCGGGGGCGACUGCGUCAGUACAGUAUCAGCAUUGGGCAUGUUGGCAGAAAAGCUAGCUAUAGCUCUGGCGCUGAGAAAGAAACAGCACAGCGGAGAUUCACAACUCAUCGACGCCGCUGUUUAUCAGGUAGUGUGCGGCGACGAGGCGGAGCCAGAAGAGCCCGAAGUGGAGGCAGCGUUGUCUUCCGGCGCGUUAUCCCCGGCGGACGUGUGCUUCCGUCGCGUGUCCUCCAUCCAACGCGUGCUGGUCGCGCUGUGCUCCGUGUGUGCGCCCGCGCAGCACGACGUGCGCGCGCUCGCCACGCACGCGGAGCACGUGUCUAGGCUGCUCACGAGCAUCCUAACAGAGGUCCACGGUACGCGAGUGCAGUGGCAACCGCGACCGCUACUCCCACCGCUGGGCUCCGGCGCGCUGCUGCCCCGGCUAGUGCAGCUACACACCAGGGCCGUCAGUCAAUACGGUCCCGGUUGCCCCGACGUGGUACUUCGCUCGUCGCUGUACGAGGCCACCAGUCUCCUGGCCGACCUCAUACUGACGGAGGCCGAGCCGCUACGACAGCACGGCGACACUCGACACGUCGGCGAGAGGAUGCGGCGCGACAUCAUACAGCCCUACGGAUGCGGCGCGACAUCAUACAGCCCUACGGUUAGUUUAGUGUACGAGGCCAACAGUCUCCUGGCCAACCUCAUACUGACGGAGGCCGAGCCGCUACGACAGCACGGCGACACUCGACACGUCGGCGAGAGGAUGCGGCGCGACAUCAUACAGCCCUACGGAUGCGGCGCGACAUCAUACAGCCCUACGGUUAGUUUAGUGUACGAGGCCAACAGUCUCCUGGCCAACCUCAUACUGACGGAGGCCGAGCCGCUACGACAGCACGGCGACACUCGACACGUCGGCGAGAGGAUGCGGCGCGACAUCAUACAGCCCUACGGAUGCGGCGCGACAUCAUACAGCCCUACGGUUAGUUUAGUGUACGAGGCCAACAGUCUCCUGGCCAACCUCAUACUGACGGAGGCCGAGCCGCUACGACAGCACGGCGACACUCGACACGUCGGCGAGAGGAUGCGGCGCGACAUCAUACAGCCCUACGUCGAUGCAGGACAGAUGGAGAGAGCUGCGGUACUGGCAGAAAAGUUCAAAGAUUUCGAGCUUCUCAUCGAGCUGUGUGACCGACAAGAUGAUAUGGAGCGCUUGUAUUCUUAUAUUGACAAGUAUUCAGGCGAGGGCAUCGCGGAGUCCGCGUUCGCGCACCUGCUGGGGGCGGGGGGCGGGGGCGCGGCGCGGCUGGUGCGCGCGCUGGGCGCCCGCUACCCCGCGCGCCUGCACGCCUGGCUCGCGCGCACGCCCGCCCGCGACCCCGUGCGCGCGCUGCACCACCUGCACGCCCGGGACUACGGCCAGGCGGGGCGCGUGCUGGCCGGCCUGGCCCGGGGGGAGAGGGACGCAGUCAACAGGAUGACGACUACGGCAUCCUUAGCCAAACUCUGCCUGCUGGCGUCUGACGAGGAACCUCAACCCUCCGACCUGUGGAACAAAGUCGAAGGUUGCCUGUCCCUGGCCGAGCAACACGCGGCGCUGCCGCGCGACAUCAAGCUGCUGCACGGGCUGGACGCGGCGGACUGCAGGGUGAUGCCGCCGGAGGAACUGAUACAGAUGUACAUCGAGAGCGAGAGCGACGCGUUGACCGAGUACGACUACAAGAAGGCACUCGACCUGACCGACUUCGUGCAAGACAUGGAGCGCCGCGAUGACCUUAGGCUCAGGGUGUGGUGCGCGUGCAUCCGGCGCUCCCCGUGGGACGCCGUCGACGUGGAGGCCCCCGCCGCCGAGCUGCAGGACAAGAUGUUCUUCCGUCUCAUGCAUCUAGUGCACUUCAUGGGUGGCGACCUGGAGCUGCUGCUGCCCCCGGCCGAGGACAUCCUGACGGCGCGCGAGCUGGCCGAGCUGGUGUCCGACGCGCGCUUCCGGUACAUCGUCAAGUACGGCUACGAGUGCCUCCACGCGCGCCGCCAGCCCGCCCGGGACCUCUCACUCACACCCACGCCCGCACCCACCGCCACACCAGGGACAGGAGACCGAGGAACCACUAUCAUCCCCACAUAAGGUUCAUUGCAUGAUUUUUUUCUUUUUGACCGAAAUCAAUAUAUAAUUGGUCAACAAAUUGACAGUAAAUAGCAAAGAUAGAUAUAACUCCGUAAUAGAUGGGUACAGUCUAAGGAAAAAACGUGCCUCGAAAAUCACGAAAAUUUGAUUCUCGAUCAGAUGGCGCCACUAGUUUUGGCCUACUCUCGUAUAGAGGGCGCUGACGGUUUCGUUUGUUAUUUAUAAUUUUAAAGCAUAUCAGUGAAAGAACAUGGGUCAAAAUCAUAUAAAAAUAAUUAAUGCAAAUAAAAAAAUCAUUUAUCCAUAUUUAAAUACAUUUAAACGUAUUUUUAUAAAUCUUCAUUUUUAGUUUUAAAGUAUGUCGAUAGAUGGCAGUGAAUUUACAGUGGUUACAGAAUUUACUAUGACAGUAUCGCUCUAUCUUAUUAUAUCCUCUUUGGUAAAUAGGAAUAAAAAAAACUAUACUCAUCCUUUUCUUUUGGGUGCUAGUACUAGUGUAAGACAACGAUAUUAUGAUUCUCUCUGUCUAAUUAUGAGACAGUCCUUUGACAAACCAUAUGUGUCACGUAAUUGAUUGAUGAUUCCGGGAAAAAUAGUAAAAAAAAUACAACACCGAUUUUUACUGCGAAAUCAGGGUUAGAAGUUGCAUAGGCUAAAUCAUAUUUAUGUAAAUAUAUAAAUUUUAGUUAUUUCGCAUACCAUUUAUCUUUGUUACGCUCGUUGUUGAACAUAAGCUUGUCUCUUUCUCUUUCAAUAUACGAGAGCUCGUGAGCGCGUGCACAGCUGUAGCUUGCCCAGGCGCUACUAAAGAGCAACUGUAUAAUUUAUAAGCACUUCAAGUUUCGAACGCUUAUAACCCAUCUGGAGUUAUAAUAUCAUUGACCACCAACACGAUAUGCAGUGUCGGAGUUAUAAUAUCAUUGACCACCAACACCAUGCAGUGUCGUGCUUGAUGCUAUUGAAAAAAACGAAUCCAAAAUGAGUGAGCUAUUCACUGAGCUGCUGUAAUGCCAAAGGUACACUGAAUAUUCGAAAGAAAAACAUAAUAUUUGAAAAAAAUAAAAACAGGGUAGCUAAAAAAUAUGUGCAUUCCCGUUGCCAGGGAAGUUUUGGGCUUAUACUGAGCAACUUUUACUAUGAAACCAACCACGAAAUCGCAAAAAAACUUUACCCUCCCAUAGAAAAUAGACCAACCAAAAUGCAUGAAACAGACAAAUUUUUUUUCGCGAUUUCGGCGUUGGUCCUAUAGUAAAAGUUGCUCAGUAUAAUCCCAUAACCUCCCUGGCAACUGGAAUGCACUUAUUUUUUAGCCACAGUAUAUGCGUUAUCCAGAUUAUUCCAGAUUACCCUUAAUGCAAUACCAACGCUCACACAAAGCGCUGAAGCCUCAUAGGUUGCGAAUGAGGGCUAACGCGUAUGAAUUCGCCGCUAGGGGCGCUAGUGUAGAUGGUGGUCUUUUCCAUAGUUCGAAAUGUCAAAUGUCACUCGUCACUUCAAUGACUGACAGCUGUUCUUUAGUCUUUUGGACCACUAUCAACAGAGGCGCCAACUGGUGAGCAAAAAAACGAUAGCCCUCAUUAUAAAUGAACUUUUUCGUAACCGAGCUAAAGACUUGUUUUUACUUUAAUUAAGUUUUAAUUAUAACUUUUAUGCAGGCAUAUCAUGGUCGCGGUUAUGGAUUAUAAUAGGUAGUUGAAAAGCAUCAUUUUCUCGCUCUAAUACUCAAGUAAGAGACGCUUGCUAUAUCUUUUUACUAACGUACUAAGCGCUACCAUAAUAGGCCUGCUAAUAUAUGUAAUAACUUACAUGACGGAAAGCGAAAACAGAUGUGACAAAAUUGCUCGUGUUAUAGUUGAAAUUUUCUGAGGUGACUUUUUGGGCUCAAAUCUUUAAAUUUUAAACAUAUGGCAUUGUUUUAUUUGUGCACCGCGUUAGCUACCGAAUUUCUUAUGUGAUAAGGAUCAAGCCCGUUUACAAGAC